AUGGAGGGGACGAUGCUGAGCGUGGCGGGGGUCGGGGUCGGGGUGGUCGGGGAGGACAAGCCGCCCCAGAAGAGGGUGAGGUUUCGGGUGGCGUCGGGCAGCAGCGGCCGGGUGCUGAAGGAGAUGUUCAAGGACGAGGGGCCCUCGGACUCGCUGGACUCGGACUGCACCAGCAGCACGGAGCAGGACCGCUCCAGCACGCCCUCCACCAGCGGCGAGGCCAGCAGCCAGCUGUACGGCUCAUCGUCCUCCUACCUGGGCUCGGAGCUGGACGACAGCGAGAGCGAUCCCGACGACCUGCUGCUGAUUGCAGGCGGGGCCAAGGACCGCACGUUCAAGUCCAAGCGGCGGGUCAACAUCCUCAGUAAAAACGGGACUGUGAGGGGCGUCAAGCAUAAAGUCAGUGCAGGUCAACAGCUGUUUAACAACCUCAAUGAGGAGGCUGGGCCUGACAUGACGGUUGAGUUUGGACGGAUCGUCAUCUACACCACCAGCUUCCGUGUCGUCCGGGCGACGUUUGAACGCUGUGAGAUUGUGCGCAAGAUCUUCCAAAACCACCGGGUGAAAUUCCUGGACAAGAACAUCGCCUUGAACAGUGACUACGGGAAGGAGCUGGAGGAGAGGUGCAAGAGGGUGGGGGAGCCUCCAUCUCUCCCUGUGGUCUUCAUUGAUGGACAGUACCUCGGGGGAGCUGAGAAAAUAUUGGCCAUGAAUGAAUCUGGAGAACUCCAGGAUCUUCUGACUAAAAUCGAGCGAGUGCAACUCCCACAGCCGUGCCAGGCCUGCGGGGGCUACAACUUCGUCCCGUGCCCCAUGUGCCAUGGCAGCAAGAUGUCCAUCUACCGCAACCGCUUCACGGACAACUUCAAGGCCCUCAAGUGCUCGUCGUGCAACGAGAACGGCCUGCAGGCCUGCUCCGUCUGCUCGCUCUGAUGACCGCUUCUCUCCAGUGCAGUGCACACUUCCCCAUUUACUGCACUGACCUUUACACUGACUUGGACAAACUGAACAUGGGAGGCAAAGACCAGACAGCAGCAAUUUUCCAAUGGAGAACACAUUUUGGAUUUUUUUUUUUUUAAAUAGACAAUUGACCCUUGUGGGCCCUUGGUCUAGGCCGAUGUCAUCCUUGUUUAUAUUCUCUUUAAAGACAUGAACAUUUGAAGCCAAUUCUUUGCAAUUAUUAGCUGUGCCAAUGUUAUGAGUUAUAGGGCAGUAUACUGACAUUUCAAGUUGGCAGUGAUGUAUUGGGAGUGCAUAAAGGUUGUUUUCUAAG